AAUUUCUCUUUUUUAUUUGGAGUUUAAUUUUGCUACGUGUUCAAAUUACAGAUUUUCAAUGAGUUUAAUUCUAGAAUUCUGAUGAAGUCAACAUCUUCGGUCUUUAGAAGAGUAACCUUUUUUUUUUUUUUAACAUGUUUACAAGACUGGAUUCGUAUCGUUGCUUAGGGAAGAACAAUGCACUUCAACGUGAUUGAGUCCGAAAGCUCAAGUGCUUAGAGGAGUGACUAAAAACUACCUUUUUAUGGGAAUAGUUGGAUUCACCUUUGUACUUCAGAUAAUCAUCAUUCAGUUUCUUGGAAAGUUUACCUCAACAGUGCGACUUGACUGGAAGCUAUGGCUUGCAUCUCUGGGCAUCGGCCUUUUCAGGUUGGUAUUCUGUUUUACGCCGUAGAUAUGCUUUGACACCUUCUGGGUUGUUAUUUUAAUGUCUUAAACUCGUAUUGGUACACAACUGGGUGAUCAAAUCAAAGGUCUUGUUUUAG